AUGCCUCUUGUGUCAAAGGACAGAUUCCAAGGCAUUCCAAAUGUCCACUACAAUGAGAACAGGAUUCAUUUGGCAUUCGUCAAGGAUGAAUUCAAACUUGCAAAGGUACUGACCGUCAUUUUCGACGGUGAUGGAACAUCUCGCGAGUACCAUUGCUGCGAGGUGGACAUGGCUUAUUUUGUCAUUUCAUCAUGGGACAAGAGGGACCUACUACCCCAACUUCAAGAGAUGGAAGACUCUGGUGUUCGACAGGGCUCACUGAAAGACGCACAAAAAGAACAGAAAAAGGAAGAUAAAGCAGCGAAGCAGGCAAAGAAAAGAUAA